UCAUGCAGUUGUCAUCUGUCGUGUUAUUAUUUAAAAAUUUAAAUAAAAAAAUUGUUUUGUAUACAAAAUUAAAAUAUAUAAAGAAUUAUAAAUAUCGUAAUAAAUUGAUAAAUAUUAUGAGUUUAAAAAUAACCUGAUUUGAAAUUGAAUCUAAAAUCAUGGGAGAGGCGUAUUUCAGUUUAAAACGGAAACUAGAGGAGUUGGGCUAUAAUAACACUCUUCCAAUUGAUGCAGUUCCGCUAGUAGAAUGUAUUCUUGCAGAUUUAUUACAAACCACGCGAAGUUUACAACAUUAUAUGGAUUUAUCCAGGGAGGCUCUCCAGCAACGGGACUCUUUGAUGUUAGAAGCUGAACCAUAUAAAUGUGACAAUGCUAAACUCAUACAGGAAAAUAAUCAGCUAAAUAAAGAAAUUAUACAUUUGAAAGAAGAGAACAUGAAAAUGAGUAAGGAAUCCAAGAGAAAAAUUAAGGCAUUGUCAGAAGAACUCAUGAAGAAAGACACUACAAUCAGUAAGUUACAGCAUGACCUUCGAGAUUUGAGUCUAAGAGGCAUCUGUGCUGAAACCCUGAGUAGUCGUAAUAAAAGUAAACGAAAAGAGGCUGGAGACACUUAUUCUAAAGUUUGUGUGUGCAAUGAUAGGAAAUUUUAUAAUGUUGAAACAGAUGUUUCUGAAGUGCAAAAGAAAAUUAAUGUAUUGGAAGAGAAAAAUGAAGAAUAUAUUGAUGAAAUUGCAUUGUUAAAAAAUCAGAUCGAGCACAGAGAUAAUGAAAUAGUCAGAUUAAAUAUAUUGUUAGAAGGUGGUCGACCUUUGAAUGCCAUGAGCAAGGAUUGCUGCAAUGUAAAUUCAGAUAGCCGUGUACAAAAUCUGAUGAAACAAAUACAUGAAUUAGAAAAUGCUAAUGACAUAUUAAAGAAAGAAAUAAGCAGUGGCCUAGAAAAGCAACAUGAAGCAAUGUUGAGAGCUCUUGGACUUGCUGAUAAGAAUAAAGCAUUACAGGAAGAAGUACAAAAAGUAGACACUUUGGCAUUAAAAGUUGAAGAAGAUUGCAACAAAAGGUUGGCAAGCAUGAUGAAUGAAGUUAACUUUUUACAAACAAGAAUUGAAGGUUUAAUCAUGAAAAAUUCACAAUUAGAGAAAGAAUUGACUCAAAACAACUCAAAAGAAUCAUUAAAUUCACCUAAACAUUACCAAUGCAAUGAAUUACUUAAAGUGGCAUUAAAAGAAAAAGAUACAUUACAACAGGAAAUUAAAGAUCUUGUAGAUCUUAAUAAAGGUUUACAGGAUAAAAUUCUAGCAUUGUCCCAGCUCAGCAAGACCUGUGGCCAAGUUAGUUCUGAAUGUGAACAUAGCAAAGUCUAUAAAAAAUGUCCUACAAAGCAUGAAUUGCAGCUACUACUGGAAAGUGAAAGAAAAAAAUAUGAAAGGCAUAUGGUAGAAAUACAGGAUAAAUUGUCUGAAACAAUUAAUUUGUUCAAUAAACAUUUACAUAAGUGUAAGGAUAAGGACAGUUCAAGAUUUAAUUUCUCUUCAUUUUCCACACAUGGAUCAAUAUUUGUUAGAGAUUUACAAAAUAAAUUAUGUGAGAAAGAACAAAAACUUCUAAUGCUAUUAAAAGAAAAUGAAGACCUCAGGCUAAAAAUGACUCAGAAUGAAGAAGGCAAUAAACAGAACUAUAAAGAUGUAAUUAGUCAACUUAAUGCCGAAAAUUCAGAGUUGUCAAAAGAAAAUAUAAUGCUUAGUCAGCAAUUAAGUCAGUGCAGAGAUAUAAAUUCAGCAAAAUUGAAUGCAAAUAGUGAAUUCGGCAAAAGAGAUGCUCAAAAAUUGAAAGAAAAGAUUGAAGAAUUGACACAUGAAGCACAGCUUUUGAAAAAGGACAAACAUGAAUAUAACUUAAAAUAUAAAGAAGCAAUGGAUAUGGUUGAUAAACUGAAAAGAGAUUUGGCAUACAAACAGAAAGACAUGGAGUUGUUACAAGAGGAAAAUUCUUCUUAUAAAAUGUCUCAUAGAACUGGAAAAGCAUCAGCAGAUCAUUUGAAAGAUGAAUGUAAUUUUUUGAGAGAACAAAUGAAGAAAAUGCAAAGUGAUGUUAUUAAGGAGAAAACUUUAGCUAACCAGAUUAAAAACAUUCAGUUAGAAACAGAGAGAAGUAGUAAUGAAAUACAAAAUGAACUUUUAGUAGUUCAGAAGAAGCUAAGCUUAUCUAAUGAUAAUAUUGAUUCCUUAGAGAGAAAAUGCAAAGAGUUACAAUCUGAAAUUGGAAGCUUACAAAAUGACAAGUCAAAACUUGUAGAUAACAUCAAAAAGCUGGAUCAAGAUAGAGACAAAUUAGUAUUAGAGUUAGAUAAUAAAGCUGAAACAAUUAGUGUUCUGGAACAGAAAUUAAAGUCUCAAACAUAUGAAAUGGGUAAGUUAGAUCACGAAAUUUCAGAUCUUAAGAGAAGAUUAAAUGUUAAUAAAUUUUCAGAACAUAAACUGGUAGACAAUGAAACUCAAAUUGCUUUCUUAAAUGGAGAAAUAUUGAGAUUAACCCAGCAACUGGAUAAUGCUAUUGUAGAAAAUAAACAUUUGCAAAAUAAUUUAGCAGAUGUCAAUGGGACAAUGAAGCUUACUAAAAUUGAAUAUGAGAAGUCAAGAAAAGAAGUAGAUGGUUUAAAACAACAGCUUCAGCAUUAUGUAGCAGAAAUAAGAAGGAUUGAAGAGUUAUUGUCCCAAAAAGAAGCUGAAAGAUCUGACAUGUUGGAACAAUUUGCUAGUCUUUCUGUUGAAGCCAAUAUAUUAGAGAACACAAAUCAUUCUUUGGAAAGUGAAUCAGCUUCAAAGUCACUUCAAUUACAGUCUUAUGUUAGUAAAAUUCAAAGCCUUGAAGAAAAAAUCCUUGAUAAAGAAAAUAUAAUUGAUAGUCAAUCAGCACGAUUAGCAACAAUGACGUGCAGGGUUACUGCCCUGGAAAAUGAAGUAAAAUUAUUAACUGAUGAGAAAGCUAUACUAGAGCAGAACAUAACAUGUUUAAAACAAAUGUGUAGUAAUAUACAAUCUGAACAUACAAAUAUGACAAGAAGCAUGGGUGAUACCGAUUCUGAGCUCAAGUUAUAUGAAAAUAAAAUAAAAUCAUUAACAAAUAAUAAAACAAAAUUACAAGUGGAGAAAGAGGAGUUGAAUGAAAAGUUGCUGAUAACUGAGAAAUUGUUGUCAAAUGCACGGAAGGAAAUAGUAGAGCUUAAGUUGGCACUACAGGAUGCAACUUCAGAAACAAAAUCUUUGCAACAACGUGUAUCCCGAUUGAGUACUCAGCACGCGGAUGACCAUGAGGCCACAUUAACUAAGGAACUUGAGCUACAACUACCACUGAUGUUAGAAGAAACAAUACAUGAAGUAAGUCAUGAAGAGGAUGAAGAUAGUUCUCGUUUUCGUGAGAUACAUAAAAGAUAUUCUAAGUAUUCUCAUAGUAGUACUUUAUGAAUAUUAUCUUAUACAAUAAUAUUAAAUUGACAAAUAAUCUAGUUAAGAACUUGUGUCUUUAAAAUAUGGACACCUUGUCUGUUUGAUAUUUGAUAGUUGAAUUGAAAUAAAUGUAGGUACUUAUUUGUAGUUCUAUAAUGAACCUAUGAAUUUUGUGUUAUUCAUACUCUGUUGUUAGUUGAAAUUUGUUAUUUAAAUUAUGUAACUUUAAUCACGUAUGUAGUAUGUAUCACAGACCAUUUUAUGUAUGUAUAACAUAUUGGUGCCUUACUAAUGUAUACGAAAAUUCUAAGACAUUGGUCUUGGUAAGUAGGUACCUGCCUGCAUAGUCUAUGUAGUAAUACGUAUGACCUUUACCACACUAGUGCCACCAUCACAAUUUUAUUAAUCAAUCUUUUGAUUUUAUCAAUUUUUUGAUGUGAUGGUUACACAAAGUAGGUAAGUACUUACUUUAAAAAAACAUGCUACCCCGGGUAAAUAAUUGAAAUAUAAAGUUUUAUUCCAUUAAAAAAAUGUAGUCAGAGUUUACUACGCGGAUUUUGGUAGCGACGAUUUUCGAAUUAGUUAUACUGUGGGAGUCACCUAUGAUUAUUUCUAAUGAAAUCUUUUAUCUACUGUAGCAUAAUUUGUUAAAAUUCUUAUUUUCCUUUUUGCUAAUAAAUAAAAGAAAUUGAUAAAUGUGACAGUGGCGCUAGUGUGCUCAUAUUUAGUCCUGUUAACUGUAAUGGACAUAUUUCAAUACAAUAAGAAUGGCCUUAUAUUUGGUAUGAACUAUGAAUUUUAUUCUGUUAAUUUACCAAAAUAAAAUAUUUUUAAUAUACUA